AUGGCAGCAUCCACUCAGGCCAUUCUCUCCCUGGCGGACGAGAUCAAGAGUCUUGCCACUGAAGAGUCGACUUCUCCUUCAGGAGCACGACAUGUCCAACUUCUUCAGCGUGUGGAUGAGUUAAAGUUGGCCAUCGAGUCACCCACCGACACUAUCCUUCGUCUUAUUUACCAGCCGCCCCAAAAUGCCGCUCUACGGACCGUCAUUGAUCUUGGUAUCUUCCCGCUGCUCGUGGAGAGCAAGAGUGGGGUCUCCGCGGCCGAGUUGGAGGAGCGUACUGGUGCUGAAAGGGGGUUGAUCGUCCGUCUCAUGAGAGUCAUGGCUGGUCUUGGGCUCUGUGCCAGUCAUGAAUCGGAAGUGUAUUCCCCCACGGACAAGACUUUGGCCAUGACCCAGCCCAUCGGCCGGGAUGGAGUUUCGUGCCUAUUUGACCUCGUUGUCCCCACCCUUAGCAAACUUCCGGAAUAUCUUCGCUUGCACAACUACUCUAAUCCCAAGGAAUAUUCCCGCUCGCCUAUGCAGUGGGCCGUGGGUAAGAGUCAGUUCGAAUGGAUGAAUGAGCACAAGGAACAACAGACCACUUUCAACUCGUACAUGUCCAGUCGGCGCGAGGGUAAACCCAGCUGGUUCGAUGUUUACCCCAUCGAGAGCCUCAUCCAGGAGGCAGUCCCGUGCGCGGAGAUGCCCUUCAUCGUUGAUGUCGGUGGGAACCAGGGCCAUGACUUGGCCAAGCUGCGCGAUCGCUACCCCAACCACCCAGGUAGAUUGAUCUUGCAGGAUCUGCCCAAGAUUGUGGCGCCCGUUGAUAGGCCCGGCAUUGAGACCAUGGGGUACAGCUUUUUGGAUCCUCAGCCUGUCAAGGGGGCUCUCGCCUAUUACUUCCGCGCCAUUUUCCACGACUGGCCAGACCACAUCUGCCAGAAAAUCCUCCUGAAUACCAUCUCCGCCAUGGAUCCUAAGUACUCACGCAUCCUUAUUGUCGACUGGGUUCUCCCAGACACCAAGGCUCCACUCCUCCAGUCCUCGAUGGACAUUCAGAUGAUGAGCAUCGGUGCCGGAGUCGAGAGAUCCGAGAGACAAUGGAGGGAGCUGCUGGGAGGUGCUGGCUUGGAGAUCAAGCAGAUCCACAAUAGUCACCCCGGCAUGGAGUCGAUUAUCGAAGCUGUUCGUAUUGGUUCGGAGGCUUCGGCAUAA